CAACUGAACACAAACAGCAGAAUAGCAAGUUGUUUACAAGCUAAAUGUUCAGAUCAUUAGCCAGGUUAGCUCGUGACCAGUUUCACCUCCGAUUAAUGGCAAUGUAAAGACACUUCGCUUAGCUUCAGUAUGCUCGCGUUGCCUAUAAGUCAAACUCAGUUGCGUCCUUUUUGUUCUCACAAGCUAUCGUUAUGAAAUAGGGAUGUCCUUGAGUGAUCAUCAUCGAGUACAAUAGCAGAUCUAAGCAAACGAGUAUUAACCAGGGCUUAGAAGUUUGACAGCACUUUGAAUAAAAAUAGCCUCUAUUAGCAUUUUUAGCAUCAUUCCUGAGCAGUCAGCAUUGUCUGUCAAUUUAGCUACUGCUAAAAGUUUCAAAUGAGCUAACUGUGUGUGUAUGGAUACGUGAUGUUGUUUUAUGUAUAGCAAUGUGCACAUAUACGAUAAAUAGCAGUUGAAAAUCAACGGUAAUAGCUUUAGUUUGCACACAAAGUUCGUAUACUGUAGCAAGGAGAUGGUGGUGAGUUUCACCGAGCUAUGAAGAUGCUUCUGUCAUUUCCGGACGCACCUAUGGAGUUUCACUGCAGAAAUUCAGUCAUUGUCAUCACCUUUGACAACAUGAUCUGUGUGCCAAGUCUGAAUAGACACCGCUGAUGCACUCAAACAAGACUGUUAGAGCUGUCAUCAGGCAUUGAUCAAGCCUGGCGGGUCAUGGAAAGACACCUAAAGAUGCAGCAUCUGUCCGUGCAACACACCCUAUCCCAGCUGCCUGUGGAGUCUACUACUUUGAGGUGAAAAUCAUCAGUAAAGGACGAGAUGGGUACAUGGGGAUUGGCCUGUCAGCUCAAGGUGUCAACAUGAACAGACUCCCAGGUUGGGACAAACACUCGUAUGGUUACCAUGGAGAUGAUGGCCACUCCUUCUGCUCUUCCGGCACUGGACAGCCCUAUGGUCCAACAUUUACAACAGGCGAUGUGAUUGGCUGCUGUGUAAACCUCAUCAACAAUACUUGUUUCUACACAAAAAAUGGACACAGUCUAGGCAUAGCCUUUACAGAUUUACCGCCUAACCUGUACCCUACAGUGGGUCUACAGACCCCAGGGGAGGUCGUGGAUGCCAACUUUGGGCAGCACCCCUUUGUCUUUGAUAUUGAGGAUUACAUGCGUGAAUGGAGAACUAAGAUUCAGUCCCAGAUUGACCGUUUCCCCAUUGGCGAGAGAGAGGGAGAAUGGCAGGCCAUGAUUCAGAAGAUGGUGGCCUCUUAUCUGGUUCAUCACAGCUACUGUGCCACUGCUGAAGCCUUUGCCAAAUCAACUGACCAGGCCGUGCAUGAGGAACUCGCUUCUAUCAAAAACAGACAGAAGAUCCAGAAGCUGGUCCUGUCUGGCAGAAUGGGAGAGGCUAUAGAGACCACUCAGCAACUUUACCCCACCCUGUUAGAGAGAAGCCCAGACCUCCUAUUUAUGUUGAAAGUCAGGCAGUUUAUUGAGAUGGUGAAUGGGACUGACAGUGAGGUCAGGUGUCUGGGUGGAAGAAGCCCUAAAUCACAGGAUAGUUACCCAGGCUCCCCCCGCCUCUUCAACAGUCCAGCCCACAAAGCCAGCAGCUCCCAGGCCUACCAGACAGGUUUUGAUAGUAAUUACUGUAAUGGAGUUUUAUCAAGUAAAGGACACACCUCUGCCCAUAUUCACAAGUCAUGUCCCGCUACCCUGCCAAGCACCGAUCUUGGUGUCCUAAAUGGCAGUCGGGGCCAGCAGACCAACUCUAGCACUGAGGUGGAGAUGGAGGUUGAUCACUGCUCAAACGGUGUGUCCGAGUCCUCCUCAAAUGGAUUUCUGAAUGGCAGCUCUACACAUGAGACUGAGCUGGAGGACUGCGAUGCAAAUAUGGAGGUGGACAGCACUCAAUCUAAGAGACAGUUGUGUGGGGGGAGCCAGGCAGCCAUCGAGAGAAUGAUCCAGUUUGGACGAGAACUACAGAGCAUGAGUGAACACCUGCGUCGUGAACGGGGCAAAAACUCAGCCAAUAAGAAGAUGCUCAAGGAUGCGUUCAGUUUGCUGGCAUAUUCAGAUCCAUGGAACAGCCCUGUGGGCUACCAGCUGGACUCCAUCCAGAGAGAGCCUGUUUGCUCUACACUCAACAGUGCAAUAUUAGAGACUCAUAAUCUGCCAAAGCAGCCUCCCUUGGCACUUGCCGUCGGCCAGGCAUCUCAGAGUCUGUCCCUCAUGGCUCGCACAGGCAGUGGAUCCUGCGCCUUUGCAUCAGUAGAUGAUUACCUGCACUAACCCAUGGAGAAUCAUCCCACAAAUAACCACGUGAAAGAGGCCCACAUAAUCCUAGUCCAUCCCAGACUCCUGAAACCUGGGGCCCAGCUUUUAAACCAUGGCCUGAUGAACUGAGCCUCCACAUGGCCAGACCCAUCCUGGCUCUCUGAUAGACUGGAUCCUCUUCACCCAGGCCUAAACCGGUCUAAAGACACAUUAGGAGAGAGAUCCUUCACAGUCAGAUAAAAUCCCAAAUCAUUAUGGUCUUUUUUUUUUUUUCUUUGUCUUUUUUAUUUUGUGGGAGGCGCAGCAGGCUGAUUGUUUGUUUCCUUAUUUACAAGGCAUGAGGAAAAUUAUUAUGACAUUAUUAAUGUUAUUAUCAGUAAAAUUGCAUAUAAGAUAUAUUUGUUCUUGGUUGAAAGCUGGCAGAGUGAGCAAGACCAAAUAACUAAGGUCCCACUGCGGUAAAACCCUGCUAUUUUCAAGUCUCAGCUUGUGUACUUUACCAUUAAAAAAAAUAAAAAUAAAAAAAUAAAAAAAAAACUAUUAAAAUUAUAUUAACAUGAUGAGUGAAACAUUUAGUUAUCUUAAAAAAAAUUAAAAUCUACAAAACCUAACACUGCUGGACUCAUCCUUAGUGGUGGUACUUGGUAUAGAGUGUUAAUGUGAGCUGUUUUGAGUUAUGCCUUUCUUUGUGCAAGCGCACCCUCCCUCUGCCAACUACACAUCAGGAUUGAUGCAAUGUUCGGACACUUUGAUUUGUAAUUGUAUUGAUGUCUAUGGUCUUUUCAUCCAUCCUGAUCCCUUAUUCCAUCUUUUUAAAGUCCGUUUUCAGGUGUUCUCUCAUCACUCAUUGCCUGCACUGUUUUUGUGCAGUUUGAAUGUGUGACAGGAACAUGGUAAAAUAAGGUCAUAUCCUGUUCCGGAGAGGCAAGCCUGCUCCAUUGUAUAUUCUCCUGUUUACCAGUCAAGCUCUCAGACCAUCAGUACUUUUAAAACGAGGAGAAAUGGUACAGUAUUGUCAUCAACACUGUCUUAUCAUUUUUAGUAAUAAAACAAAUACCCAGUUGAACAAAA